UAACCAUCACCUCAUCAAGAUCCAUGCAGCCAUGGCUGUUACUUUCGCAAGACUUGGUCGCUUUCUGAGGUCAAUAUUUGCCCCGACAAUAACCACCUUCGGAUUCGCAUGCCUCCUCACAUUCAUUUUCGUACUCUACCAGCCUCAUCCUGGACCAGGCGCACUGCAACGUCUCGGAUGGCAGUCCUGGGACGUCAUAUCGGAUACUGCGAAACCAGCCACUGCUGGGUCCACCUCUGAGGAUCUCGACAGCGUCUCUGACCCAACGAAUGAUGGUGUCGACUGGUGGAAUGUCACCUCUCCGGAAUCUGCACCCGCCUACGACCCAGCGAGCUUGCCUCUCGACGUCUGGGACCCACUGAUGCCCCACGACACCGGCCUGUCGGAGAUUGAGGUUGCCCAGUGCUUUUUCGACCCGUGGUUUAUGCCAAAUAUCGCUGCGGACCUCUGUACACCCCCAUCGACCAAAGAGCAAGAUGCGAUGAAGGGAAGGUGGGUACAGGUUAUUCCCAACCUAAACAAGCAGGGCCUUUCAUUCUUGAACGUGUGGUAUCGCCGCACGCGUAGGCUUGAUAUGCCUCUGAUCACAGAUAUUCGUAUCCUUCCUGAACGAGAGACCCCGUCACCGUUCUCACCGACGUGGUACAAGGUAUCGAAGCCCGUUAGUCCUCGCGGAGAGAAACUCUUCCUGUGGUACAACAAGAACAAGACCCUCAGCGAAAUGACUCAAGAUGAACGACAGAACGAGCUUAUUACCGAGAUUGACGUCACGUUCGGUGACGACGUGGCUUGGCACGGCUUUGAGAAGCUCGAGCGGCCCAUCGCCCCAAAGGAUGAGGCCAAGAACUAUGAGGACGUCUGGCUUUCUAUCCGCCGAGGCGUGAAGCCGCCGCCUCGUGCGGGUCCACUGCACUUCUCGCACGACGGCAAAUUCAAGAUCAUGCAAAUCGCAGACCUUCACUUCUCUGUAAACCGGGGUGACUGUCGCGAAACAAGCAUCCCAUGCACUGGUGCAGACAAUAUGACGCAGUCGCUCAUCGCAUCUGUACUCGACAAGGAGAAGCCCGAUCUCGUCGUCUUCACGGGUGACCAGCUUAAUGGCCAGACGACCAGUUGGGACGCUAAGAGUGUGCUCGCCAAGUUUGCGCGAGCCGUUACCGAGCGGCAGAUUCCCUGGGCGGCGAUCUUUGGGAACCACGACGACGAGGACGGCGAAUCGCGGCGCGAACAGCUCAGAUAUAUGCAAUCCAUGCCGUACAGUCUCGUCGAGCCAGGCCCGAGAGACAUUCACGGCGUGGGUAACUAUGUCUUGAAAGUCUACAGUGCCGACCCGUCGAAGACGCACCUGCUAACGCUAUACUUCCUCGACUCGGGUGCAUACGAAACGACGGGCUUUGACUUCUUUGGAUUCACUCAUUCGACCAAUUAUGAUUGGAUUCACUCAGACCAAAUCAACUGGUUCCUGGAACAAUCUUCUCGGAUCUCGCCCAUUGAGCGACCAUUUAUGCCGGAUGGUGCGAAAGAUAUUGGCGGUAUCUGGCGGCGGCAAGACCAGAUAACGCCGCAAACAAGGCUUGCGAAGCCGAACGCCUUGAUGUUUUUCCACAUACCUCUUCCAGAAGUAUACUCAGCGGCUGACCGUGACCCAGUUACAAAUGCACCGCUCGACCUCGGCAUCCACGGACUAGAGGGACAUGGCAGCUCGACGAAACAGGAUGGGUUUUUCCAUAAGGGCGUCCUGCAGGCUAUGGAAAGCGACAACGCUGGUGGCGGCAGCGCGCGCGAAGUCAAGGUGAUCGGCAACGGUCACCAGCAUAUCACGGACAACUGCCGGCGCGUAAAGGGCGUCUGGAACUGCUUCGGCGGUGGAGGAUCCUACGCUGGCUAUAGCAAAAUCGGCUUCGACCGCCGCUUCCGUAUCUUCAACAUUGAGAACUACGGCGAGACGAUUCGCACGUACAAGCAUACGGAGCAUAUCGACACGUUCCACUGGCAGACGUUAGCUGGGCACGACGCGCCGCCGCCGUACGAGGAUCCGUGACUCUACUAACUUGUAUGCGGGUGUCUGGUGACUGUUAGAUUGUAUCAUAAGGAACCUGGAUAUCUUAUGGAGGCUGUAGCACACUAAAUUUUAGAAUAUAUUUUGA